UGACGCUUUAUUAUUGUGCUGACUUUGGAUAAUAGAUAUGUAUUGGCUGUUGUUGGUAAAAGCCAUGUUAUUCAAUAAAAGCUUAGAUGGUAACAUCUAUCAGGGGCUGAGGAGGACGGUGAACUAUGAAAUAAUAAAAGUUUGUUGAAAACUAUGAGCCGGGGAACAUUGUUCUAAGUCAAACCUCCUUUGAAUUCAAUGAAGCUACAGCAGGAAUAUACUCAUCUACAACCUCUUGGAUUCGUGGGCUAGAAACACUGUAAAUGAAACAUCACCCAUCCUGAUCUUUUUACACGGACAUAAGGCUUAUAACCAGUCCAGGAAGUUUAAAACUGAUCCUUCUUUGGAGGAGUUGUCUCCAGUCUUCUGUACCUUUUAAUGUUAGGCUUGGCUAUUACAUAUACUGUCUCAGAACUGGAGAAUACAGUGGUAGUCUAGUGAACCUCAGCUGAAAACUUUGAAAUUGUAGGAGAACAUUAAAAGGGUGGAAAAAAGCCAAGUAGCAGCACAUGAAAGGAGGGUGGUGGUGAUGGUGGGAGGACUUUGAAAAUGUCUCACUUAUAUUUUUUUCCCCUCCCUCUCCCCCGGUGGACUAUUGCCGAAUUCAUCAGUUGUAUCCUCGUAGGUGAGCUGCACGUUUACUGCACGUUCUGCACCAGGAAUGCGUUUUCUGUCCCAUUGUGUGAUUUUUUUUUUUUUCGAGCAGCUUUUCACUCCACACCAAUAUCACUUUCUGCAGCUAAACCAAACCCAUAGACAAUUCACAGUUUUUUUUGUGUGUGUGUGUGGUGCACAAUAAUCUUUUUAUUAGGAUGUUCGAUUGGGGACUAAAGUAAUAUAAAGAAAGAAUACUUGUGUUCUGUGCUAAAAACUAGCAUUUUAAGACUUUUCUUCCAGGAGUUCACGAACAGUUUAUUUGGAAAAAUAUUCCUCUGAGACAAUUGAACUGGACCAGACUUUCAUAGAACUGAAUAUCUAGUAUGUGUGGUGUUCCUAGUAAGAUAAAUGUAGGCAUGUGUUUAGCUUUCUCCUCCCAGCAGUGAGAUGUGACUGCAAGUUGCAGAGAAAGAUGGAUGAGGAAGGCUGCCCUGCAGACGGGGUGUUCCAGGACUGUGAGCUUGUUAGUCAGAGUUGUGCGCUUUGGAAAUGUUCACUGGUGAGCUGUGUAAUGAACUCCAGAUGCCAAGUGCAUCCAGUGUUAUCUCUCAGUAAAAGUUUUUUGCUAGUAGCUUAAUGUAUAGGCAUGCAUUAUGUGUGUAGAGUAUAUGAAUAAGGCAUGCUGUACUGUGCGCACACAUUCUAAUAAGUAACUUCUGGAAUAUGACCAAAAAAAAACCCCUUCUACAUGCCAAACUUUCAGACAUAUGAAGGCUUUUUCCAUGGUCUGUCAGUAGCUGUAUUUAGAAACAUUCUCCUUUUUUCUUUUUCUAAUUUUAAAUGUGGAAAACAGAAUUGUGGGCUUAAGCUAAGUAUUCUUCCACUGUGUAACCUGUGGAUUCUUAAAUGUUAGUUGGUAAGGAGUGUUCUGGGCAACAAUCCUUUGCAAAUCUGAAACUUGGAACCAUAUUAUGAGGGGUUAUACGUUAUUUGUUUUUGAGCAUCUGAGAUUCUGACAGAUUUAUUCUUUAAGAUAGAAUACAACAGUGUCAAGCCUUCAAGCUGCAAUACCAAAAGCCCACUGCUGGCACUGAUUAGCAAGACUAGAUGUGGAACUUUGUCAGUGACAGUGUAGGAAGUAGUGAUACUUAAUCUACCAGGAAGGUUUCUUGGCUGUCUUCUUGUAGAAGUUUUGAGCUUAAGCUCCUGUUUUUUGAAGUAUCUCAGCAAAAUCUGAUUUAUGAAGCAUAUUUGUCAGCUGUAGCUCUCUUGCUUUGGAGGUUACGGCUGCUUCCACCAAGUCCAGUGCAUUAGCAUAUUCAGCUAAAUAGCUUCUAGCUGCAUGGUGUGAGUAUUAAGUGCAUUAAAGCUGCUUUAGGGGCCUAGUGAAUUGAAUUAUAUAAAUAUGUUUUCACUUAAACUUCAUUUGUGGAAGUUAGGACUGAUGGUUUCCCCUUUGUAGCCUCUGCUUCUCUACUGACUUGUUAAAUCGUGAAGGUGAGAAUGUUUGCAGCUAAUUAGAAGUUCACGGGUAGUGGUUGCUGAUGUUUAAAUCUUUGUAAUGAAGGUUACAUUAUUGAUGCUCUCUUUCUGCCUUCCCCAUCAAAUUUAGUGUUGUUGGGAUCCAGUUAUCUGAGAGUCUUUCACCUGGUUGUGGAAAAGCAUAUAGAAACUAAUCUCUGAGAUGUUUAAAAGCAAAUAAACAAAACCAACAUAAACCAGAGGGGAAACAACAUCUUUUACUUUUUAAAAAAGAUGUGAAAGCUAGCUGUGAUUUCUGGAUGCCCAUCUCCAUACAGACGAGUCAUGAGAACUGAGGGAUGUGACCAGCUCUAGCCUUCUCCUUUCCUCACAGUGCUGUAUUGCUGUAAAGCCCUGAGCUGGUGUUCUCUUACACCUUUUUCUACCUUGAUGUGGUUCAGGAGACUGAGUCACUUUCAAACUGUGGUUUACCAACACCUAUGUUACACUAAGGACACUUUCUUACUGAGGAAUGAAGAGGAGGCUUGGUAGCAGAAAUUUCUGUAAACUUCUGAUAUUUGUGUAGCAAAGCAUAGUCUUAGUUUUAUUUUUAACCAAACAAUUGAACAGAUUCAGACCGACUUCUUUCUAGAGGAAAAAGAAGUCAGACUCUUUUGAUCUCUUUCCUCCUUGUGCCUUAGUUGAGUUGAAGUGUUGACCUCUCCUGCGUAGCAACAGUUUGUAGUCACAAACAGAGGUCUGGAACUUCACUGCAGGGUGGUGAGGGAAGAGUGUUCCAGUAUGAGUACAUGUGCCAGAAUAGGAGAGGGAAAUGUGACUGCUGCACAGUUCCAAGGACUGAACCCUACUUUCAAGGUUUUCUCCUACACACUGGCUCUGUUGUGAGAGAACAGGGGGAACUAGAGAGGCAGUUACUCCAGGCUAAUCCCAUCCUGGAGGCCUUUGGAAAUGCCAAGACAGUAAAGAAUGACAACUCCUCAAGAUUUGGCAAGUUCAUCAGAAUCAACUUUGAUGUCAACGGUUACAUUGUUGGUGCCAAUAUAGAGACCUAUCUACUGGAGAAGUCACGUGCAAUUCGUCAAGCCAAAGAGGAGAGAACCUUUCACAUCUUCUACUACCUACUGUCUGGAGCAGGAGAACAUUUGAAGACUGAUCUACUUCUGGAGCCUUACAACAAAUACCGCUUCCUUUCCAAUGGGCAUGUCACGAUCCCAGGUCAGCAAGACAAAGAUAUGUUUCAAGAGACCAUGGAAGCUAUGAGGAUCAUGGGCAUCCCAGAUGAGGAACAAAUAGGUCUUCUGAAGGUUAUCUCAGGUGUUCUUCAGCUUGGCAACAUAGUCUUCAAGAAGGAGCGCAACACAGACCAAGCCUCUAUGCCGGACAAUACAGCUGCUCAAAAAGUGUCUCAUCUUCUGGGUAUCAAUGUGACAGACUUCACCAGAGGUAUUCUGACUCCUCGCAUCAAAGUUGGGCGAGAUUAUGUCCAGAAAGCUCAGACCAAAGAACAGGCUGACUUUGCCAUUGAGGCUCUGGCUAAAGCCACUUAUGAACGGAUGUUCCGGUGGCUGGUUAUGCGCAUCAACAAGGCGUUGGAUAAGACCAAGCGACAGGGUGCAUCCUUCAUUGGAAUCCUUGACAUUGCUGGUUUUGAGAUUUUUGAGCUGAACUCCUUUGAGCAGUUGUGUAUUAAUUACACAAAUGAAAAGUUGCAGCAGCUCUUUAACCACACCAUGUUCAUUCUGGAGCAAGAAGAGUACCAGAGGGAGGGCAUAGAGUGGAAUUUCAUUGACUUUGGCCUGGACUUGCAGCCCUGCAUUGACCUCAUAGAGAAGCCGGCUGGCCCCCCUGGUAUACUGGCCCUGCUGGAUGAAGAGUGCUGGUUCCCAAAAGCAACAGACAAAAGCUUUGUGGAAAAAGUUGUACAAGAACAAGGCACCCACCCCAAAUUUCAGAAGCCAAAACAGCUGAAAGACAAAGCUGACUUCUGUAUCAUACAUUAUGCUGGCAAGGUGGAUUAUAAAGCAGAUGAGUGGCUGAUGAAGAACAUGGAUCCACUGAAUGAUAACAUUGCUACUCUUCUUCAUCAGUCGUCGGAUAAGUUUGUGUCUGAGUUGUGGAAAGAUGUUGAUCGUAUUGUUGGGCUGGAUCAGGUAGCUGGCAUGUCAGAAACAGCGUUGCCAGGAGCCUUUAAAACCAGGAAGGGUAUGUUCCGAACAGUGGGACAACUUUACAAAGAACAACUGGCUAAACUGAUGGCCACCCUGAGAAACACCAACCCCAACUUCGUCCGUUGCAUUAUCCCCAACCACGAGAAAAAGGCUGGAAAGCUUGACCCCCACUUGGUCCUUGAUCAACUUCGCUGCAACGGAGUGCUGGAGGGAAUCCGUAUUUGUCGUCAAGGUUUCCCCAACAGAGUUGUAUUCCAGGAAUUCAGACAAAGAUAUGAAAUCUUAACUCCAAAUGCAAUUCCCAAGGGAUUUAUGGAUGGAAAACAAGCCUGUGUGCUGAUGAUCAAAGCAUUGGAGCUGGAUUCUAACCUUUACCGAAUUGGACAGAGUAAAGUGUUCUUCAGAGCUGGAGUCCUUGCUCAUCUUGAAGAAGAGAGAGAUCUGAAAAUCACAGAUGUCAUUAUAGGCUUCCAAGCAUGCUGCAGAGGCUACCUGGCCAGAAAAGCUUUUGCCAAGCGCCAACAGCAGCUGACAGCCAUGAAGGUGCUCCAGAGGAACUGUGCUGCCUACUUGAAACUGCGGAACUGGCAGUGGUGGAGGUUGUUCACCAAGGUGAAGCCCCUAUUGCAAGUAAGCAGACAGGAAGAAGAGAUGAUGGCCAAGGAAGAAGAACUAAUAAAGGUUAAGGAGAAGCAGUUAGCUGCAGAAAAUAGACUGAGUGAGAUGGAGACAUUCCAGGCCCAGCUAAUGGCAGAGAAGAUGCAGCUGCAAGAACAGUUGCAAGCAGAAGCUGAACUCUGUGCUGAAGCUGAGGAGAUAAGAGCCCGCCUGACAGCCAAGAAGCAAGAACUGGAGGAAAUAUGUCAUGACUUGGAAGCAAGGGUGGAGGAAGAAGAGGAACGGUGUCAGCAUCUGCAGGCUGAAAAGAAGAAAAUGCAGCAGAACAUUCAGGAACUAGAGGAGCAGCUUGAAGAAGAGGAAAGUGCAAGGCAGAAGUUGCAGCUGGAAAAAGUGACCACAGAGGCCAAAUUGAAGAAAUUAGAAGAAGAUGUGAUAGUUCUGGAAGAUCAGAAUCUCAAAUUGGCCAAAGAAAAGAAACUUUUGGAAGACAGAAUGUCUGAAUUUACAACAAACCUAACAGAGGAAGAGGAGAAAUCAAAGAGCUUAGCCAAACUCAAGAACAAGCAUGAGGCCAUGAUCACAGACCUGGAAGAACGUCUUCGACGUGAAGAAAAGCAGAGGCAAGAAUUGGAAAAGACUCGUCGAAAGCUUGAAGGAGACUCCAGUGAUCUGCAUGACCAGAUUGCUGAGCUGCAGGCUCAGAUUGCAGAACUCAAAUUACAGCUGUCCAAGAAGGAAGAGGAGCUGCAGGCAGCCUUAGCUAGGGUGGAAGAAGAGGCCGCUCAGAAGAACAUGGCCCUGAAGAAGAUCAGGGAACUUGAGUCUCAGAUCACUGAGCUGCAGGAAGACCUGGAGUCAGAGAGAGCUUCCAGGAACAAAGCCGAAAAACAGAAACGAGACCUGGGAGAAGAGCUGGAAGCAUUGAAAACAGAGCUAGAAGACACUUUAGAUUCUACAGCUGCUCAGCAGGAGCUCAGGUCAAAGAGAGAACAAGAAGUAACGGUUUUGAAGAAGACCCUUGAGGAUGAGGCGAAGACACAUGAGGCUCAGAUCCAAGAGAUGAGGCAGAAACAUUCACAAGCCAUUGAAGAACUGGCAGAGCAGUUAGAGCAAACCAAACGGGUGAAAGCAAAUCUUGAAAAAGCAAAACAAGCUCUGGAAAGUGAAAGGGCUGAACUGUCCAAUGAAGUAAAGGUACUUCUGCAAGGCAAAGGGGAUGCAGAGCACAAGAGGAAAAAAGUAGAUGCUCAGCUCCAGGAACUGCAGGUGAAAUUUACAGAAGGUGAAAGAGUGAAGACAGAAUUGGCUGAGAGGGUGAACAAGUUGCAGGUUGAGCUGGACAAUGUCACAGGCCUUUUGAACCAAUCUGACAGCAAAUCAAUCAAAUUAGCAAAGGACUUCUCUGCUCUGGAGUCACAGCUUCAGGAUACUCAGGAGCUGCUGCAGGAGGAGACUCGCCUAAAGCUGAGCUUCAGCACCAAACUGAAGCAAACAGAGGAUGAAAAGAAUGCUUUGAAAGAGCAACUGGAAGAAGAAGAGGAGGCAAAGAGAAACCUAGAGAAGCAGAUCUCUGUUCUUCAGCAACAGGCAGUAGAAGCCAGGAAGAAGAUGGAUGAUGGUCUGGGCUGCCUUGAGAUAGCAGAAGAGGCCAAGAAGAAGCUGCAAAAGGACUUGGAGAGCUUAACCCAGCGUUAUGAGGAAAAGAUAGCUGCAUAUGACAAGCUGGAAAAAACAAAGACCCGCCUGCAGCAAGAGCUGGAUGACAUCGCUGUGGACCUGGAUCAUCAGCGCCAGACAGUUUCUAACCUAGAGAAGAAGCAGAAGAAGUUUGAUCAGCUCUUGGCAGAGGAGAAGAACAUCUCUGCCAAAUACGCGGAAGAGAGGGACCGUGCUGAAGCUGAAGCCCGUGAGAAGGAGACAAAGGCCCUUUCCCUGGCCAGAGCCCUUGAAGAAGCCAUAGAACAGAAAGCUGAGCUGGAACGAGUCAAUAAGCAGUUCCGCACAGAGAUGGAAGACCUGAUGAGUUCAAAGGAUGAUGUUGGAAAAAGCGUCCAUGAGCUGGAGAAGGCUAAGCGAGCCCUGGAGCAACAGGUGGAGGAGAUGAAGACACAGCUGGAAGAGCUGGAGGAUGAACUGCAGGCCACAGAGGAUGCCAAACUGCGGCUAGAAGUGAACCAACAGGCCAUGAAAGCACAGUUUGACCGAGACCUCCUGGGACGUGAUGAACAGAAUGAAGAAAAGAGGAAACAGCUGAUUAGACAAGUGCGGGAGAUGGAGGUGGAAUUGGAAGAUGAACGAAAACAACGUUCCAUUGCUGUGGCUGCCAGGAAGAAACUAGAGCUGGACCUGAAGGAUCUGGAAAGCCAUAUAGACACUGCUAACAAAAAUCGUGAUGAAGCCAUCAAGCAGCUCCGCAAACUGCAGGCACAAAUGAAGGAUUACAUGCGGGAACUGGAGGACACACGUACCUCCAGAGAAGAGAUUUUGGCUCAGGCCAAAGAAAAUGAGAAGAAGUUGAAGAGCAUGGAGGCAGAGAUGAUCCAAUUGCAGGAGGAACUUGCAGCUGCUGAGCGUGCCAAGCGCCAGGCCCAGCAAGAAAGGGAUGAACUGGCUGAUGAGAUUGCCAACAGCAGUGGUAAAGGAGCGCUGGCCAUGGAGGAGAAGAGACGCCUGGAGGCCCGGAUAGCACAAUUGGAGGAGGAGCUGGAGGAGGAACAGGGCAACACUGAGAUUAUCAAUGACAGGCUCAAGAAGGCAAAUCUUCAGAUUGAUCAGAUGAACGCCGACCUGAACGCUGAGCGCAGCAAUGCACAGAAGAAUGAGAAUGCUCGCCAGCAGAUGGAGCGCCAGAACAAGGAGCUUAAGCUUAAACUGCAGGAGAUGGAGAGUGCAGUGAAGUCCAAGUACAAGGCUACCAUCACGGCCUUGGAAGCGAAGAUAGUGCAGCUGGAAGAGCAGUUGGACAUGGAGACCAAGGAACGCCAGGCUGCCAGCAAGCAAGUGCGCCGUGCCGAGAAGAAGCUGAAAGAUAUAUUGCUGCAGGUGGAUGAUGAGAGGCGUAAUGCUGAGCAAUUCAAAGAUCAGGCGGACAAGGCGAACAUGCGCUUGAAGCAGCUGAAACGCCAGCUUGAGGAAGCAGAAGAAGAGGCCCAGAGAGCCAACGCAUCUCGCAGGAAGCUCCAACGCGAACUGGAUGAUGCCACUGAAACAGCUGAUGCAAUGAAUAGAGAGGUCAGCUCCCUCAAGAGCAAACUCAGGCGUGGGGACCUGCCCUUUGUCGUCACACGUCGGCUUGUCAGGAAGGGUACAGGAGAGUGCUCCGAUGAGGAGGUGGACGGCAAGGCAGAAGCUGGUGAUGCCAAAGCUACUGAAUAAGUCCUCUCAUUUUGCCCAGGUUACACAUGAUGGAAUGACCCAUCCACCCUCCCCUUUUCCAUUGGAAUCUCUGCAAACCCUCUCCUCUUAAAUUGGCUGGGGAUCUGCAGAGCAAGUCCAGCUCUGUGUAUCUGGAGCCAUCGGGCAUCUGUGUUCCUCGUUUCCUCCUCUUUCCAGUUUCCUAAUCCUCUUUGUAUUUAAUGCCAAAGAGUUGGGGCUCUAAAAUCUGAACGGCAGUUUGGCAUCUACAAAGUCAUGUAGGACUGUCUGUGCCACGUCUGCUGAAGAAUCCUUACACAAUUUGGAGGGAGUGGGGUUAGGGAAAGAUUAUUUUUGCUGUAAAUCUCCUUUUUGUCUUCAGAUGCUAGCUGCAGGGAAGCUCCUUCCUGUAUUCUUUCCCCUCCUUCUUUGUUUGCUUUCGGCAAUCAUGUUCAGUGACCUCAGACUUCUGCCUCUUUUAAUCUGCCCACCCACACGGUUUGGGAGCAGUUUCAGGAAAAACGGUGUGCUUUGGCCAUGGUAACUCACCCUUUCUUCUUUCACACGAUUCCAAGGAGGGGUGAAGAGGGAAGCCCCUCCUGGGACUACCUGGAGGACUUGCCAAAGUUGUCUUUUUUUUUUUUUUUUCUCCUUCCCUCCCAUCCUUUCUCCUCAUUUUUACUGUCUGGACAGAUCUCUGAAGUGCAAUGAUGUCCUGUUAGUGUCUCUGCCUCUGAGCGGUUUCAUCUAAGGUAGUGUGGACCAGUAGUUAAUGACAGGCUGGGAAAGCAGAACAAUAUCCUUGUCCUUGUCUGAGAAUCUCUAGGGACCAAAUAUAUUUAAUGGUAAUAGAAUCUAGGGGAAUUUAAUAGGGUAGUGGGCAGAGGGUGGGGAUGAGGGGAGGGAAAUCCUCUUUUAUUGACAUGUCCAAGCCUCUUGCACCUGCUCUAUAACCAGGGGUUGGGAUUAGUUAUUGUGCACCAUUGACUAAGAGUAUAUUAAAAACCCUUUAAUCUGCACAGAUAUAUGUAAGGCCUUUGUAUCUCUCGUAAUAAGUAAUUAAGAUUAAAAAAUAAAGGUCUUUAUCACUGCCUUUCUAUUGGGACCAUGGUUAUAUAGAGAUAGUCUUUACUUUUCUACACCGUACACUGGUUGCUGGAUUUACCUGUAUUCUUAACCAUAUUGUAUAUGCUGCAUUUAGACCUACUUAUGAGCAAAGUAAAAAUAAUUAAGUAUGAAGCGCCAUACUGUAUGCCUGAAGCGCUCUAAAUGCAGGAGCCUCAUGUCCCAAUUGCUGUCACAAGAAAAUUUUAAUUUUUUUUUUUAUAUAUAUAUAAUAAAAGUGCCUUAGCAUGUGCCUCAGCUGUGUGUCACCACUACAGUCAGUAAUGGAUUACUGGUGCUCCACUGAUGUUACCAAUAAAGAUUAUCCAUGUGCUGCAA